AUGUCGGUGACAGGCCCUGUCUCUCCCCCUAAGCCUCAGAAGCAUGCGACAGGCCGUCAUUGUAAUCGCCAAAGACCACGAUGUAGCGCAUGUCUCGCCGAAGGCAUCAUAUGCGACGGUUAUGUCCAGCAACUCGACUGGGAAAGAGGGAAAUCUCGCAAGGGCAAAUCCGUCCGCAAAAGCGGUGUCAGGAAACUCGAUGUUUCAAAAUCGGUCGAGGCUAUCGCUCAGUUACCUCAACCUACUGAAUUCACAUUUGUCCAUCAGAGUCAAUCGCCUGGACGGCCCAGAAAGAAGUCUGUGGAUCAGUCGGCUACCGUCAAGUCAACGACGCCAGCUAUCUCUGACACGACGGAAAAUGAGCGACGCGAUUCCUUUUCGACCCCUUACGAACUCUCUUCAAGAGACUCAGCAUCUCCCUGGAUGAUCUCUAGGACAGGCAGCCCUGUAAUUCUCGAUCAUGUACAACAGUAUAAUUUUUCUAUUUCUCCAAAAGUCUAUCGCCACGCAGGAGACCUCGAAGACUCUCUAUCAUUCUACCAUGAGUGCUUCUCACACACAACACUGACUUUCCCGGUCAACAUCAAUCCUUGGCAAGCUGCCAUCAAACACAUCAACGACAGUAUCCCUUGCGUCCAAUAUGUGGCGGUAGCAUUGGCCCAAAGACAACAAGCUCACUUGAAUGGCCGCAAGGGGAGUCUGUCUGUUUUGAGAUUGAAGGAUCGUGCAUUGUCAAUCUUUGGCACUCACAUCACUGACGUCUCCCUGGAAGCUGGCGUAAGCACUGCGCUCUUACUGCUCGCGCUAGACUAUGUCGAAUCCGGAUAUGCCAACUGGGCUGUACAUCUUCGAGGCGCAUACCGAAUUUUAGAAUCUCAUGGUGGUAUUCAUUUGGCCAAAGACCGCCCGAGCCUUCGAAGUCAAGUUGCACAACUCUUGUGGUACGAUAUCACGGCGGCCAUGCUAUCUCGUUGUGGACCUGUCUUUCCAAGAUCAUAUCUUGACCAGCUUAUGGGUUGGCAGUCGGAGGAUGAAUGGAGUAUGCUUGCUCUCAAUGGACUUCCCGAUGAUAUGUUUUCUAUUAUGCACGACUUGGCUACAGCCGCAAUGCAUCCCGACACCGUCACGGCAGCUGAAGUAUUUGAAUUCCAAAUAAAGAUUGCAACAACGGUAAUUCAAACCCACGGGAAUGAAUAUUUCCAUGCAAUGUCCGAAUCUUGGAAAUUGGGCCUACUUCUUUAUGUUUCGAGAGUCUUUUCCAAUACUGCAACCCACAAUUUAUAUGAUCAUCUCGAAUCAAGCGAUAUGGAUGACGGAUCGUUCUCGAACCUGAGUAUCGAACCAAGUGUGUGGGGGAAUUCACACGAGCUUGCGGUCCGCAUUCUCGAUCACGUACAAUCUCUCCCACCGCAUAGUGCACUGCAGAAGCAAUGCCUGAUGCCUAUAAUGCUGGCUGGCUGUGAGGUUAGACCAGAUGAGCCGGACUUGAGACAAAUCGUUGUCGACUACGGGGAACGCUGGAAACAGAAAACCGGCUUCUGGCUCUGGAACUCGGGCAGUGAGUUUCUGGGAUCGAUUUGGGCCAUUAACGAGCAAGGAUUUGCGACUGGUCAGCCAUCUGUUUCAUGGACGGAGGUCUUUCCACCUUCGGCUGAUUAUGGAUUCCUCUUUGGGUGA